CGGCAGCAGUUCGUAACACAGCUGUAGAUGUGUUUACCAAUAUGGCGCAUACCGACGUUUGAUUUGAAUUUGUUCGUUACCUUAUUGCCGACAUCUGACGAACUUUUGUAACAAGAACUAGCCUCGUCAACACGUGGAUCACGCGAAGUUUCGGUGGUCGCUGUAGAACUUACCUCUGUUCCCUUUGCUACGCAUAAUGGAUAACUUCAUUAAAAUAGAGAAAAUCGGAGAAGGUACGUAUGGAGUGGUGUAUAAAGGGAAGCAUAAGAAGACUGGAGAAAUUGUAGCUAUGAAGAAGAUUCGUUUAGAAAGUGAUGACGAAGGAAUACCAUCAACUGCUAUUAGGGAAAUUUCAUUGCUCAAAGAGUUAAGUCAUCCAAAUAUUGUGAACUUAAUCGAUGUAUUAAUGGAAGAAUCGAGGUUGUACCUUAUUUUUGAAUAUCUCACUAUGGAUCUGAAAAAGUAUAUGGAUAGUUUGGGAAAUAAAUUAAUGGAACCAUCUAUGGUUAAAUCCUAUUUAUACCAGAUCACACGUGCGAUUCUCUUCUGUCAUAAACGUAGAAUAUUACACCGUGAUUUGAAACCACAAAAUUUGCUUAUUGAUAAAACUGGAAUCAUUAAAGUAGCAGACUUUGGUCUAGGAAGAGCUUUUGGAAUCCCAGUUAGAAUAUAUACCCAUGAAGUUGUAACUUUAUGGUACAGGGCACCUGAAAUUCUCCUUGGCGCUACGAGAUAUUCAUGCGCAAUUGAUAUGUGGAGUAUUGGAUGUAUUUUUGCAGAGAUGGCUACCAAAAAACCCUUAUUCCAAGGAGAUAGUGAGAUUGAUCAGCUUUUCAGGAUAUUCCGGAUACUAAGAACACCUACGGAAGAAAUAUGGCCAGGUGUUACACAGUUGUCGGAUUACAAAGCGACAUUCCCGAAUUGGAUGACGAAUAAUUUGGAGUCGCAAGUGAAGACAUUAGAUGAGGAUGGACUGGAUCUAUUACAAGCUAUGCUCACGUAUGAUCCUGUGUACAGAAUAUCCGCAAGAGCAGCAUUGCAACAUCCAUACUUCAACGGCAUGGAAAAAUGCAAACUACCUGCUGCAUGAAGCAAAAAAGUGACUUGAAAAAUCGGUAUCAUCGUUUUGCAUUCGCAUCUUGCAUUUUAAUCGUGUGACAACGUAAAAAGUAUGUCUCAGAGUGUACUGAAGGUUAACUUAUUUUGUGCUAUAAAUGUCCUUUACUUGUUCGAUUAUUUUAUCAUUUAAAAUUUAAUUUUUUGAAAUAAAAAUGUAUAAUUUUUAUCAUAAUCCGUUUUAUGUGGAAGUAAGCUUACAGUUUUUAUUAGAUUACGUAAAUUCUAUACAUAUAUAAGCAUUAGAAUAUUACAACAAAAUAUUUUACAUAACGUUGCAUAUAAGUAAGUUUUAUGCGGUAUUUGGUUUACAACUGUUUCAAUUAAUGAUGCCAAUGUUACAUCUUCCAGUGCUCAAUAUUUUAUCUAUCUACAUUCGAUGAAUGUCAGUAUUAUAUGUGUUUAAACUUUAGUUUUCUUAUUCUCAUAUUUAACAUUUGUAACAUAGUAUAAUAUGCAGUCUUCUACAUGCAUCUAUUUUCAUACUAUACUUUUAAGUUAAUUUUACUGAAUUUUACUGGAAGCAUCAAAAUUAAUCAUUAUCAUCUUGCUGUCUUAUUUUCUCUUACAAUAAAUUUAUAGUCAUACAAUGACACUAACAUAAAACGAAAUUAAUAAUUUUGUAUUUAAAAUCUACUGUAGCACGCGUACACGUGCCUUAACAAAAAGUUUAUAUAUUUACAUACUGUGAGCGUUGGUCGCAAAAAUUGUAAGACAUUAAUGUAAAUUUUGUAUUUUAUAAAUAAAUAAUAUUCUACUGGUAUUA